AGUUUACGCUGAUCCGCAGGAACAAAAGGAUGUGCCAAGGCAUCAGAGGGACAUCUCACUGACUUCUCACUUAUUUUCUGGGCAAUACCUUCUGUGUGCUCGCAAGUGUUUUGCAUGCUGUUCCUUUUAGCUAGUGCUUAGUGGUAGACACAAAAGGGAAAUAAUUGGGCACAAAAAACCAUCCUUUUCCCCCUUUAAGAGUGAAGUGUUUUUAAUGAGGAAUUACAGGGUGAAAAAUUAAAACAACCCUCCAGUGUGGAGUUAUUUUUGCUCUUUCAAACUUACGCGAAGAAGAGUUUAAAUCCCCACAUCAGACCGGGUCACAGAGAAAGCGCACGCCGCGUGCGGAAAAAGGACGCAAAAGUGCUGCGGAAGACGAAGUGUAGGGCAGAAAAAAAAAGAUUAAAAUGACUUCAAUGCCUUCCGGAGUAGCACCAUUUAUUCAUUGAUGCAGAAAGGAAGCGCUUAAGUGUAGCAACUUUGUCUUGUGCUCCCUCCCUCUGGGACAGUGUUCUCGGUGUAUUCUCUAUAGUACACACACCCAAUACGAGAAAACAGCAAAUAAACAUCAUUUAAUUAGGAAAUAGAAUUUCAAAGAGUUGGACGCGACACAACAACCAAUUUAAGUGGAUUUUGCAAUGAGAAUGUGGUUGUCAAUUGUUCUUCUGGUCAUUUGUGUGCAAAGAAUUUCGAGCUUUCAACCUGAAUUUGUGGAGCCCAUCGUCAAUAUUUCAGUAGCUGUUGGACGUGAUGCCACUUUUACAUGUCACGUUCGUCAUUUGGGUGGAUAUCGCGUUGGCUGGGUGAAGGCAGACACGAAAGCCAUUCAAGCCAUCCACGAGCAAGUCAUCACUCACAAUCCACGCGUGAGUGUCUCCCAUUCUGACCUCAACACAUGGAAUUUGCACAUCAAAUCUGUCACGGAGGAGGAUCGUGGGGGCUACAUGUGCCAACUCAACACGGACCCAAUGAAGAGUCAGAUUGGUUUCUUAGACGUCGUUAUACCACCAGAUUUCAUCAGCGAAGAUACCUCAUCUGAUGUAAUUGUUCCUGAAGGGAGUUCCGUAAAGUUGACCUGCAGAGCACGAGGAUAUCCCGAACCAAUCGUCACGUGGCGUCGGGAGGACAAUGAAGAAAUAAUCCUGAAGGACAGUCAGGGUGCCAAGCAGCAUGUGACAUCCUUCCGCGGAGAGAUCCUGAAGCUGACGAAACUUUCGCGAGGCGAGAUGGGAGCAUAUCUCUGCAUUGCGUCCAACGGGGUGCCACCGUCAGUGUCGAAAAGGAUCUCCCUCAGCAUCCACUUUCAUCCGGUGAUUCAAGUACCGAACCAGCUUGUGGGUGCUCCCCUUGGGACGGACGUCACGAUCGAAUGUCACGUAGAGGCAUCGCCAAAGUCUAUUAAUUAUUGGAUUAGGGACACAGGUGAAAUGAUAGUCUCUUCAGGGAAGUACCAUGUGCAGGAGAACACCAAGUCCAUCUAUGAGACGCGAAUGUCGGUGACGGUGAGGAAUUUCAAAAAAGAAGAUGUUGGCUCAUACAGAUGCAUUGCAAAGAACAGUCUCGGGGAAGUGGACAGCAGUAUCAGGUUGUAUGAGAUUCCGGGACCUACGAGGAAGGUUUUUGCACCAAAGUACGGUACAGAGACGAAUGAUGUGCUCAAGAUCAGGCAUCCAUCGCCAAAAGUAACGUACCAACCUGAAGAGGAUGAUCUGUAUGGAUCAGCAGAGGAUUUUGAUGAUCCGGAGCUGACGCAGAAUGGAGCAGGAGUUCCGGGGAUCUUCAUAAAACCCACCAGGGCUGCUGGUCAGGAUGUCUACACGCGUCACGUUGUCCCAAUGGUGGGCCUUGUGACGCGAUCUCCCUACCUAAUUCCUGCAAUUCGUGGUGGUCAGGAUUCCGAUGCGAAUUUCUCGUCAAGAUCCAACAGAAUCCACCAAGACAGAUCAGCUAGGAUGCUUGUAGGCUUCUUAGUAUUCCACCUAGUUAUCGUCACCAGCUACCUGCCCUCAUAAUAGACAAUCCCAAUAUGGAUUCUCCCUGAUAUAUAGUGUUGAUAUAAAUUGUUGCUAAAAAUUCUCUGUUUUAGGACCUCGGUGGGUUUUUCCAAGGAAGAAAAUUUCUUUCCUUGAAUUUUCUUUCACUCAAAGAAAAACCCACUAAAAAUAGAGCUGUGUUCAUAAAGCCCAGCAAAAGUGACAGGAUAAACCAAUUUCGAAUUAAACUAAUAUUAGGGUAAAAAUUGAUUAAAAAAAGACUUAGAAAAUGCGAAUAUAUUAAGCAGGUAAGUGAUUAACCAUCGAAUUGUGCUUCAAGUUGUGUUAUUUUUUGGCCUCAAUGAUGGAUGAAAAUUCCACACCCGGAAAAUAUAUUACCUUUGAUGGAAAACUUAUGCUAUACACACAGACAAAACCAAAUUCUAUCGAAAAAAAAAGGAAUUAGAAAUCAAAAAAAAAUAAACAUCCUCUGAGAUAGAAAUGUCUCAUGUAAAUAAAUUGCAUUUAAAUGAAUUAGUCAAGGACAAUGUAUAAUACUCUUUACUCUGUUUCAAGAGCUACAUUAUAUUUGUCAAAGAAAAAAUAACAUGUAAACGUGAAAUAGACGAAUUAUUUUGUAAAGAAAAUGAUAAAGGAAAAAAAUAGUUUAAAGAGGAUUAUAUUAGAAAUUAAAUAAUAUGCAAUAAGAUUGUGUGCCAUUACUAGCGAAAAAAAAAACAUGAGGAUUGUAGUUAUAAAAGAAAGAAAAACUCUUGAAUUCUGAUGAUGAAUCUAUAUAAAGAAAUUUGAGAAAAUUAUUAUUUCAGCAGCAUAUUUAUUACAUCUGGUAGGUUGAGAUGGCUUUUUUUGUAAAUAAGUCAGGAGAAAAAAAAGUAUAUAAUUAUAAAAAAUGUAUUACUCAAAAUUAUGUAUGAAAAGGAAGAUCUAUUAAAUGUAUACAGACUAUAUGAAAAAUGCUUAUUUAUUGGAUUCUGUCUCUCG